AUGAUAUAUAGAAAUGGUGGUCGGCUACUAACACAUGGGCGUCAUAUUCCUUUACAAAGUUUUGCUUUAUUGAGAACGGCACGAGUUCAUACUCAGUUGAAGUACAUCCCCACGUAUACUCCUACUAGAAAUUUGGGGUUUUUCAAAAUAGUAACUAGAGUAGUGAAAAUGCCUGCUUAUGUGGGAGGUGCUAUGGCCGCAGGCGGAAGCUACGUUGCUUAUAAAGUUGAACAGGCUAGUAGUUUUACUCAGGAUAAAUUAUCAGCGUUAAAGGAUAUAUCUGAAGGAUUUUUUGAUAAAACAGGUGAUUUUUUCAAGGGUCUUGGAACUACUGAUGGAUCAGGUUCUAAUGGAGGCCAACAAGGAGGAGGUGAUAAUGGAGGUGGUGCAACCGCUGCAGGAGCUGCAGCUGCAGCAGUUGGGUUCACAUCAGAUGAAGGUGAAUCGACUACUGCUGAAUCUGACCUUGAAGAAGACGAUGACGAAGAGACACUCAUUGAAGAUGAUGAUGAAGAAGAUUUUGAAAAUGACGAAACUGAUGAUCACAUGCUUAAUUUAACACGUCAAAUGAUCGAGAUUAGAAAUUUAUUGACUAAUAUAAACCAUGAUGGUAUUAGAUUACCAUCUAUUGUUGUCAUUGGUUCUCAAUCAAGUGGGAAAUCUUCUGUUUUGGAAUGUAUUGUUGGUCAAGAGUUUUUACCAAAAGGUUCAAACAUGGUUACCAGAAGACCUAUCGAAUUGACUUUGGUUAACACUCCUGAAGCUGCUGCCAAUGUUGCUGAAUUUCCUGCUUUGAAAAUGUUCAACUUGACUGAUUUCGACCAAGUUCAAAAAAUAUUAUACGAUUUAAACAUGGCGGUUCCUGCCUCUGAAUGUAUAUCAAAUGAUCCUAUUCAGGUUACCAUUAGAUCCCCAAGAGUUCCCGAUUUGUCAUUGGUUGAUUUACCGGGGUAUAUUCAAGUUGAAGCGGCAGAUCAACCUACCGAAUUAAAGAAUAAAAUUAGAGAGUUGUGUAACAGAUAUUUGGAACCACCUAAUGUUAUCCUUGCAAUUUCUGCUGCUGAUGUUGAUUUAGCCAACUCAGCUGCCUUGAGAGCUUCAAGAUUGGCUGAUCCAAGAGGAGAAAGAACAAUCGGUGUUGUUACAAAAUUGGAUUUGGUUGAUCCGGAAGUAGCACGCAAGAUUUUGUUGAAUAAAAAAUAUCCCUUAAGGUUAGGUUAUGUUGGUGUUAUUACCAAAGCACCAGCAGCAAAGACGGGUGCUGGUGGAUUGUUUUCUAGAAAGCAAAUCAGUGGUUAUCAAGCAUUUGUUGCUCAACAGAAUUUUGAGCAUACAUUCUUGAAGGAAAACAAAGAAGCAUUCUUUGGAUGUACUGUUGGAACCAGAAACUUGAAGAAAAAAUUAAUGAAGGUAUUGGAAAAGACGAUGGCAGCUUCCUUGAGACCAACCCAUUUGGCUAUUCAACAAGAGUUGGAAGAGACUUCCUAUCAAUUUAAGGUUGAAUUCAAUGAUCGCCCGUUGACUCCAGAAAUGUAUUUGGCUAAUAACAUUGAUGUUUUAAAAUUGGGUACAAAGGAUUUGAGCCACAGUUUUUCCAGAAAUGAAUUGAAAUCAAUUUUGAAGAGCGCAUUGGACCAAAAGGUUUUAGAUUUAAUGGCAGAGAGAUAUUGGAACAAACCAUUUGAAUUAAAAAAUAAUACUUUUGAACCGGAUUUACGAGAAUUAACUCAGAUUAACAUUGAUAAUGAUAUUUAUUGGCACAAGAAAUUGGAUUUAAUAACUUCUUCAUUGACCAAGCUUGGUGUUGGAAGACUUUCAACUAAUUUGAUAACCAAUGCAUUACUUACAGAGGUGGAAAAUUUGGUGGAUAAUACUCAGUUGAGAAAUCACCCAAUGGCCAAAUCAGCUGUUCGCGAUGCAGCCAAAUCAGUUUUGAGCAACAAGUACUAUUCCACUGCUGAUCAAGUUGAAAAUUGUAUUAAACCUUACAAAUAUGAAAUUGAAUUAGAAGAUCGUGAAUGGCAAACAUCCAAAGAAAACGCAGUCAAUUUACUAAAGGAAGAAAUGAGACAAUGUGAUGAGCUUUAUCAUGAUUUGAAGAGUCAAGUUGGUGGCAGAAAAUUGCAACAAGUUGUGACAUACUUGGAGAAAUUGAAACAACAACAGAAUAGUGACAUUGAUUUGUCCACAAAUGAAGCAUUGGGAUUUUCUCCUACUUUGAUUCAACGUGGUAAAGAUGCUAUUUUCCUUAAAGAAAGGUUAUCAUUACUUAAAAUGAGGUACCAGUUUGUUAAGAAUUCGAAGAAAUGUAAAAGAAAGGAGAGCAAGUACCAAUGUCCAGAAAUUUUCCUUGAUGCUGUAGUUACAAAGAUAACAAAUACUGCGGUAUUAUUUUUAAAUGUGGAGUUAUUAAGUGAUUUCUACUAUAACUUCCCACGUGAAUUAGAUUUGAAAUUUUUCAGCAAUUUGAGUAAAGAUGAAAUCGAAAAGCUUGCCAAGGAAGAUCCAAAGAUUAAGAAACAUAUCGAACUACAAGAAAGAAAGGAUAUUUUAGAGAAUGCAUUGAGUAAAAUUGAAAGUGUCUUAGCUAUUCAAAGAACAACACAAAAAGGAGGUCACGAGGACGAACAUAAAAAGUCAGUAUUUGGCUGGUAA